ACAACAUGGCGGCCGAGAGUGGCAGCGAUGCUCAGCUGAGAAGGCGGCGGCGCCGGGACCCAGACGAUCGAGAGAAGACGGAACUUGGCGACCGAGAACUGGCCGUGGAGGUGGCGGCGAGCGAAGAAAAUGAGGAUGAGAGUGAAGAGCGUUGGGUUGGGCCUUUACCGGUGGAGGCGACCCUGGCCAAGAAGAGGAAAGUUCUAGAGUUUGAAAGAGUCUAUCUUGAUAAUCUCCCCAGUGCAUCCAUGUAUGAGCGCAGUUACAUGCACAGAGAUGUUAUCACGCAUGUGGUAUGCACCAAGACAGAUUUUAUUAUCACUGCCAGUCAUGAUGGACAUGUUAAGUUUUGGAAAAAAAUAGAAGAAGGAAUAGAAUUUGUUAAACAUUUUCGCAGUCAUCUUGGAAUAAUUGAGAGUAUUGCAGUUAGCUCUGAGGGAGCAUUGUUCUGUUCCGUGGGUGAUGAUAAAGCAAUGAAGGUAUUUGAUGUAGUGAACUUUGACAUGAUCAAUAUGCUGAAGCUUGGCUAUUUUCCUGGACAAUGUGAGUGGAUAUAUUGCCCAGGAGAUGCCAUAUCUUCAGUUGCUGCUUCUGAGAAGAGUACAGGAAAAAUUUUCAUUUAUGAUGGUCGAGGAGAUAAUCAGCCACUUCAUAUUUUUGACAAACUCCAUGUAUCGCCUCUUACUCAAAUAAGACUAAACCCUGUUUAUAAAGCAGUAGUAUCUUCAGACAAAUCUGGAAUGAUCGAGUACUGGACUGGACCUCCUCAUGAAUACAAAUUCCCUAAAAAUGUGAACUGGGAGUAUAAAACUGACACAGAUUUAUAUGAAUUUGCCAAGUGUAAGGCUUAUCCAACCAGCAUAUGCUUUUCACCUGAUGGAAAGAAAAUAGCAACCAUUGGAUCAGAUAGAAAAGUUAGAAUUUUUAGGUUUUUAACCGGAAAACUCAUGAGAGUCUUUGAUGAAUCAUUAAGUAUGUUUACUGAACUGCAGCAGAUGAGGCAACAGCUACCAGACAUGGAAUUUGGCCGACGAAUGGCUGUAGAACGUGAGUUGGAAAAGGUGGAUGCUGUAAGAUUAAUUAAUAUUGUUUUUGAUGAAACCGGACACUUCGUGCUAUAUGGAACAAUGCUGGGCAUUAAAGUUAUAAAUGUAGAAACAAAUCGGUGUGUGCGGAUCUUAGGCAAGCAAGAAAAUAUUAGAGUGAUGCAACUGGCUUUGUUUCAGGGAAUAGCAAAAAAGCACCGAGCUGCAACAACUAUAGAAAUGAAAGCCUCUGAAAACCCCGUUCUUCAGAAUGUUCAAGCUGACCCAACAAUAGUCUGUACAUCUUUCAAAAAGAAUCGAUUUUAUAUGUUUACCAAAAGAGAACCAGAAGAUACAAAAAGUGCAGAUUCUGACCGAGAUGUUUUUAAUGAGAAGCCUUCUAAAGAAGAAGUCAUGGCAGCUACUCAAGCUGAAGGACCAAAACGAGUUUCAGAUAGUGCCAUUGUCCACACAAGCAUGGGAGACAUUCACAUCAAACUUUUUCCUCUUGAGUGUCCCAAGACAGUGGAAAACUUUUGUGUUCAUAGCAGAAAUGGUUAUUACAAUGGGCACACAUUUCACCGUAUCAUUAAGGGCUUCAUGAUUCAGACAGGAGAUCCAACAGGUACUGGUAUGGGAGGAGAAAGCAUAUGGGGAGGAGAGUUUGAAGAUGAAUUUCACUCAACAUUACGACAUGACAGACCGUACACACUAAGCAUGGCCAAUGCUGGAUCAAAUACUAAUGGAUCCCAGUUUUUUAUAACAGUAGUACCGACACCCUGGCUUGAUAAUAAGCACACUGUGUUUGGACGAGUGACUAAAGGAAUGGAGGUUGUGCAGAGGAUUUCCAAUGUUAAAGUCAAUCCAAAAACAGAUAAGCCUUAUGAGGAUGUCAGCAUCAUCAAUAUCACUGUCAAAUAAAAGGGACUUAACACAAGACUGUUUCACAUUUGGAAAUUUAAUACUUGGUGAAUAUGGAAAUCAUGUUUUAAAAGAUAAAACUGUAUUUUUGUAUUUUUAGUUAAAGGUCAUUUUUAAAAACUGCCUUUGAUUUUUCUUGGACUAGUUCUGAUCUUAAGGGGUGACAAACUGAAAUGCACUAAAUUCAGGCAAAUAACACUUCUUAUAGGCAAGUACUCUUCUGAUUCAAAUUCAGUAUUAAAUAAUGGGUUGGUAUAUAUUUCCUCAAUUUCAAAAACAUGCUCUUAUAGGCUUAGUGAUCCUUAAAGAAAAAGAUCAAAAGACAUUAUAUUUAUUCCUUAUAAAAUAUCCUUUAAA